GAAAUAAUGUUGGCGACAUAAUUCACAUUGGCUCAGAUUGUUAUGGAUAAGCCUCCUCCUCCUUACUCUCCUCCAACUGCGCCUUAUCCAACUCAGGAUCCAUGUCCUUAUCCCUUGUACCCACAAAUUAACCAACCAACCAGUAAUGUAUUUAUGGGAUCUGGCUACCAACCUGCACCACCAGGCAAGCAUUAUUAUUUAUUAAUUUGUCUAUUUGUUGUUACGGUGUUGGAAUACCCAGACAUUAUUGUUAGUUUCAUAGAUUGGUGGAUGUUAUGAAUCUCCUGUUUAGCAACGUGUUUUAAAUAAAGAACUAUUGAACAGACAGUCACAUCUAUAAUCGCAUUUAUUUUCUUAAUGCGGCAGUUGGUCCUGAGAAUAAUGAUGACCCAACGGGGCUGGAUUAUUUUUUCAGUAAGGUCCUAACUUACAAACCAUGUCGUCUGAGAUGUGGUAAGAUCACACACACCAAGGACGAAUUCCUGUUACCAACUGUCUUGCGUUUUAGUGACAAUAGGGUGUCUGUCACGGGUACCUAGAGUCUAAAAGUAGUUCAUCUAUUACCUCUGAAAAUCGUGACCUAGCAACGACAGCCGGAAAAACUGCAGCAGAGGGAACUAUGAGACGACUAUAUGACUCAACGAAAAGAAAAACUAGUAAGGAAAUACGAUAAACCAGAGAGACCGGUGAAGAAUAAAGAACACAAGCCAAUCACUGAGAUUCAAGAACAAAGGAACAGAUGGAUAGAACACUUUGAGGAACUCCAUUUAAUUCACCAGACAUCGAAAAAGCGACACAGACCUUCCUAUGACCGUUACUUCGCCAACGAUGGAAGAAAUCAGGGUGGUCAUCAGACAGAUCAGGAAUGGGAAAGCAGCAGGACCUGGUAGUAUACCACCUGAAGCACUAAAAUUACACAUAGGUAAGGUUGCCUAAUUUCACCCUUUCUCUUUCAUACGAUAAUUAAUUGGAUUCUGAAGACCUUCAAAUUUCAGGAAGGCACGGAACACAGUGGGGAGUCGAUGUAGCCAGACGAUUUGGACUUUGCAGAUGACUUAGCCCUUCUAUCCCAUCCACACCAACAAAUGCAGGUCACGACAGCCAGUGUAGCAGAAGCCUCUGCAUCAAUAAGCCUCAACAUACACAAGGGAAAAAGCAACAUCCCCAACUAUAACACGGAGAACACCAACCCAGUCACAUUUGAUGGAGAAACGCAGGACACUCAAUGUCCGUUGAACGGGUGCCAUCAGCAAAAACCUACUGUGGGAGAGAACAACCCAACUUCCAGCUGUAGAGGAAAUUAGGAAACGACGGAGGUGGAUAGGACAUACAUUGCAGAAAUCAUCGAACUGCAUAACGAAGCAAGCGCUAACCAUGUGUCGAAAAUUGUAAGCAGAAAUCAAAAGCGUGGAUAGCAACUGGAAAAGAUUGUUUAGGACAGAGUUCGAUGGAGAAUGCCGGUGGACUGCUUAUUUCUUUUGACGAAGGGUAUUAGGAGUAAGUAAGUAUUUGGAAAGCGAUUUAUACAAUUGGUUUAUAUUAUAUGUUGUUUCAAACAAGAAUGUUUUUACAAAAUUUCUUUAUGUAUUUCACUAUUUGUAUACCAGUGUAUCCUUUGAUUUUCACCAUUUAACAUGGCUAUAUUCAUUGAAACAUUUACUAGAAAAAUGUUUAUUUUUAACAGGAAAGGAAUUUUCUUUUAACUAUUUCCCUGUAGAGUAUAAAUUUUUCUCAUUUGUACGUUUUAUUUCACUUUCUGUAGAGUAUUGAAUAUAAUAAACGAAAAUUCUAAAGGAAAUGUUUGAUGUUUUCAAAUAUUUUUUCUCUUUUGAAUAGAUUAAUUUUCAUAUUUUCAAAGUAUAAAUGGAUGGGAAAAAUCGGAUAAAAAAGAAUGUAUCCGAUUUUUUCUAACAAAUAUUGAUAUGAAACUUAGUCAUGAACCCAAGCAUAAUUAUCGUUAGUUAUAUAAUAUUUUAUAAACUGAGAAUUUCAAAGUGAAAAGGGCAAUUCUUUUUUAAUAGUCGGAAGCAUCUAGUUCUGUGCAGAAACUGUUACAUGUUAAACUGAUAAAUGAUUAAUGAUUCGUUUUAGCAGCUGCUUUCAGUUUGAUCGUACUUUACACGCAUUUGUGGAUAAUUGAUGCAAAGUAAAAAUGCAGGAUAGGUUUGCAUAUAGAACUUAUUUUACUUCAAAUGACUGAAUUUCAGUUAGAUAUGGAUUAUGUAAAUACUUUCGAUCUAUCUACUACUGAGUUAUUACCAGUUAACUGUCCAGUUUUAUCAAGUUUAUUAUUUCAUGGGUCACUUAAGUUUUGAAGUUGAUUCUUCCAUAAGAAACCACAUGCCGAUUUCCGUAACCUCGAAGCUAUUUAUUAGUAAUGAACAUCAUUAUUUUUCGACAGUAUCCCUUCAACUGAUUGCGAAUACAGCAUGAAUUAAAAAUUUCUUAACCACAAAUAAAUCCACAUACUGAGCUACUAUUUAUAAUGAUCGUAUGUAAUUGAGAAUAAAUUAUUUGUAUUACUGCAUCCCAGCUUUGGCGAUGGGGAAAAGUAAAUUCUAUCAUUCAACAAUCAGAGAGUAGAUUCAUGUAUUGAGAUGAUCAGUUUCCUUCCUCAAAUUAUACCUUUGUCCAACGUUAUGGUUUUGUUUUCACAUAAUUUACUAACACAACAGUAUCUCUCAAGAUAUCUGACAACAAAAUGAUCCUAAGUGAUAUUAUUUUCGAAAAUUUAAGAGACAAUAAUAGUACGUAAAAUUUAUCGGUAACUAAACCUAUUUUUAUUAGUUUUAUUUGUACUAUGCUCCAGGUGAGCAUCAUGAUUAUGGAUAUCAAGAUUUAAAAAACCGAUAUCCAAUAUUGCUCCUUUGUUGUCAUUUAUCAUUUAUCUCUGCUCCUUCUAGAAUGGAGAGCGUUAAAGUAGAAUUAAUUCCAACCUUUAUACCCAACAAACAUCUUAGUAUGACUAAUAAUCCUUAAAGACACAAAAUUCACUUGUCAUACUCUACUAUUUUCCACUUUACACUACGUUGUUACUGACUCACUGACUUUUCACUAGUGUUUUCGUAUUGAUUCCUAUGGUCUGGAUACCAUGUGGCUACUAUUUGCUACAAAUCUUCUUCAUAUUUCCUUGACUUAUUUUACCUCCACAAACUGUCAUUGUACAGAUAAUUUCGAUCUAGUCUUUAGGUUUAUUAUUUAUUAUUAACCAAUCAUCUGUAUCUAAGUUCCCUGCACAUGUUCAUUCGUUUUAUCAUGAGUACAAUUAUCUACUGCAAUUACCGCAAUCAAAACAAAAAUACUCCCCACUGCUUUUCAUAUCACUAGUGCAAGUCAUCCUGAAGUUAAAACUUUUUUAAGAAUAGAAAGACUGAUUACCGUACACAUAUAUUUACGGAGUGUCUAGCUUUUCUUCAUUUCAUUUGUAAUUCUUUUUAAACAACUGUAUUCGUUGAAAUUCCGGGUAAAAAAGUAAUCUUCCAGUCUUUAUUUCCUAAAAAUUUUUGUUUUAAAUGGAAGUGGCAAUUCAAUCACUCAGUUUUUAUUGUUAUACUUCAGAUGUAUUUUAAGGUUCCAAGCACUGUGUUUUCCUGAAACAUUUAAACUAAACUGCGAUGUUGCACAAAACGUCGCAUAGUGCAAAAUGUCAUCCGAAUCAAUACACUCAAACCGUUGAAACCAUAUUUGAUAAGUCUUAUGUGGUGUCAGUGGUAAAUUAAUUGAUAAGAUUGUGAACUAACAUUAUGUAAAAUAUCACGGUUGAAAUUGAAGUAAAACAAAAUAAGUCUUUAAAUGUCCUGGUGAAAAUAUGACACAUUCUUUGUUUCGCAUUUACCCACUAAUGUGAUCAGCAUCGAAGAUCUGUAAAACUCCCCAACAAUGCUUCUGACAAUGGUUGAAUUAAUGGUUAAAAAUCAUAUAUAACGUGGCUUAAAAUUUGUCACAGAAAUGCUAAUACACUUAGUUUUUCGCAAAUUGAUAGGGUUUCUUUUAUCUUUUUAAUGCUGUCUUAAGGCACACAAAGUGUAUUCUAUAAUGUUUUAUCCAAGGAGUGCAAGUAAAUCACUUACCAGAGAGGUGAAUCAACUGUAUAUUUAUAGCUGACACAGAAUGCCAUCCACGAAAAGCAUACCAAAGUAGACAGAAAAUUAAAAAAAUGCAGUUCAGUUGAUUAUGAUUAAUAUUCAAGUUAUGUCUUAUAUUUUGCAUGGAAUUUACUUUGAAAAUUAAGGUAACAUAAAUGAGUGCUACCAGUGAUUCUGUAUUGUUUUUUUCAUACUACAAUAAACUAAUUGUUAUCUUAUCUACCUUAGCCACAGUGAUUGUUCAUCAACCGACGGUGACCACAACUGUAUACCACCGAUAUCCUGUUGGUAUUACCUGUCCCUUUUGCCAUAACUCUGGUGUUACAAGGGUUAGGUUAGAAUCCGGAUGCUUGCCGUGGUUGUUAUGUGGAAUCCUCUGCUUCUUCGGGUGGGUUCAUAUAACCUAUUUUAUUCGGAUAAAAUCAGACAGACAAGUGAAAUUUUUACUUAUAUCAACCUUUUUUUUCACUGUAUUUAUUGAAUCUUGUAACCAUUUUAUAGCCAUCUUAUUGACUUCAGAAGCACGUGAUAUCUGAAUAAUCAAAUAGGUUGUCGAAUACUCCAUCAAUACCAACAUUGUAAAACUCCCAGCUCAAAUGUUCUUUGACUACUGGAAACUUACUAUCUUUUUACAUAAAAAUGCGAAGAUAAAACUGGAUAUUUAACCUUAAAAGCAAACUUGUGAGGAUUGUGGUUUUCUUCAAAAAUCUAAAACAGAAGUGAGGAUCACAUUCCGCCAUCUUCAGCCUAAUCUGGCUGAGUAUGGGAAAAUUCCUAAUGACAUGGAAUCCAAAUUCUUGACAAUUGUAUCAUGUGAUAGUUUGCAUCCAAUCAUAUGCAUCUUCAAGGUAUUAUUCGUGUAUGACGGAACCAUUGAGCUAAAAAUGCUGUGGUUUAGACCUUGAGCACUAGUUAGAAAUGUCAAGUCCGUCAAUCAUACUAUCAUGAUUCAUUAACCGGGGUAAUUGCGCCUCUUCAGUCAUUGGCUACACUGACGCACUAUGCUGGACAGUAUAAGUGAAGGUUAAAACUAGUGGUGGUCCGACCAAAAACAGGAUAAGUUUAUGUAGUUUCCAACUGUUGACUUGGAUCUUGUAGAACAGACCUAAGGUGAAGUGGUUCAACAUCGAUCCUUGUGGUGCACUUCUCUACAACUGACUGCAGCCUCUAGUAAAACUGAUCUUUAUCGUCUUCAUUACUACCAUUGGUGGGUGCAUAACAUUCAUUGUAAUCCCCUCCCUCCUUGUUUUGAAGGAUGCUUUAAUGAUUCUGGGUCCAUGAGAUUCCAAUCUUAUAAGUGAUUUUCGUGCUUCUUUGGAUAGCUUCAGUGCAACUCCUUGUGUGUAAGGAGCAUUUUCUUUUGCGUGCCCAGUGUACAGCAGCAUCUCUUCCAUAUCUAACCUUUUCUGUCCAGCUUCGGUCCAAUGCGUUUCACGUGUUCCGUGCACCACCAGGUUGUAUCUCCUCAUCUACGUUGCUAUUUGUUUAAUCCUCUCAGUAUCCCACAUUGUCCGAACGUUCCAUGUACCUAUAUUAAUUGUUGCUCUGGUUGUUAGACUGGGCAUAUACGUCAUGACUUCGAAAGAAUUUCAGCUUUCACCUCGAGACGUCAAAAUUCUUUCUUGAACUUGGAGGGCAGCGUUUAAGUGGUUUAAUUUGUUUGUUAUGGUAGGAUUUUUUUGUAGCAAGGUUGUUUUCUACGGAAUUGGUAUGCUGACCCCAUGUGCUUUCGGGGAAGUAUGUUGUCAGCAAAUAUAUGUCGAUCUAGUCCGUGUACUUGUCAAUAAAAAGCUUGCAGCCAUUACGAAAUAUUGAUUUUUAACGUUUAUUUUCAUUGCAGGUUUUUCUUUGGUUGCUGCUUGAUUCCAUUCUGUCUGGAUUCCACAAAAAGUGCUCGACAUUUUUGUCCAUCAUGUAAUCGUCAAGUUGGAUAUUACAGCCCCUUGUGAAUUUCUGUUUUCAAACCCUUUUCCCACUGUUUUUUUUAAAUAUCUUAAAAUUGUUUGUUAAAAUGUGAAAAGAUUCUUGACAAUCAUUUUUUAAGGUCACUACUACCAUUGUUGUUGCUUUUGUUAAUCUACUGACCCAUCCAACAAUCAGUUAUUUUGUUAAAUUUUAAGUGAAACACGAUUUAAAGAUUUUUUAUUUGCUUGAUAUUUACAAUUCAUCCUACACAGGAAUAAAACAAGAUAAUUUUAAAAACAGCAAAUUGGCUUGUAUUAUCUUUAUGGAUAGAUUCGUAUAAACUGUCUAAUUCAUACUUAUUAUUUCGAAAUUUUCAAUAUUCUGAUUCUG